AUGUCUUGGCAUUUUCUAGAGAGAUGGCUCGAACGAGCGAAUCAGCACUCGACGCUGAUAGGAAAGUUUUGGAUAACUUACCUCAUUGUCUGCAGAAUGGUUAUCAUCGGUUCUAUAGGAGACCGAGUUUACGCCGAUGAACAGUCAGAAUUUCGCUGCAAUACCCAGCAACCUGGGUGUGUUCAGGUCUGCUACAACAAGUUCGCGCCAAUUUCACAUGUACGAUUCUGGGGCUUUCAGCUCAUGUGCGUGACGAUGCCGUCUGUUGGCUUCAUCGUCUAUUCUGGUCAUAAGGCGAAAGAAAAAAUGCGCGUCGAACAAUCAAAAAAGCAAGAAGCAAAGGCACAACUGAUUGCAGAAAAGAAAUCCGAAAGGGCAGUGUCUACCUCAGGGAGCGUGCUACCUGCGGGUCAAAAGCCAACUACAAACAUGAAAGAAGCGCAAACGCAAACUCAUCGCCAAACGGAUGAUGACUCCGAUUCGUCGGGGAACAAGAACUACCACAGCAGAAGAUCGAGACAUCAUAGAAGUCGAGACAAUACCAAUGGACAUCAUACAAGCAGAAAGCACCAAAAGUCCCCACCUCAAUAUGAAAAAGAAGUGGAAUAUGACAUGCCCCCUCCACCAAUGCUCCAAACUGGCAAAGGAUCUGAUCUUCAAAACCAAGAUCAGCCUGUCGUGCAGGCAUUGCUCGAUUCUUCAAAAGUGACGAAAGAAAACAAAGAAGAGUCCAAGAAAAAAUGCGGCAUAAUGGUCGGAAAGUCCGUCUCGCAGCAUUUUCAUCUCUACAUGGCCAACGUAUUCUUCCGUUUGGCUUCCGAAGCAACUUUCGGGAUUCUUCAAUUGUGGCUCUUUGGAUAUAAAGUGAAGGAGCUUUUCAAAUGUCAGGGCUUUCCCUGCCCUCACGUCGUCGACUGUUUCAUUUCUCGACCAGCAGAAAAAACUAUUUUUCUCAAUUUCAUGCUAGGAUUUACGAUAUUUUGCGUCAUUUUAAAUUUGAUGGAGUUCAAGUACCUCUGCUAUCUCUUCUUUAAAGCGAGAGUCAAGCUCACUGCCAAAAGAAGCCAUCCUAUACUGCCAAAACCUUCCUCCUUCCGAAACUUUCCUGCCUACGAGCCACUAGGAAAACCGCUAGGGUUUGACAUGCCUGAGCCCCGCCCGCCAAAUCAAUCGCCCAAAGGACAAAAUCAAUUAGGCCUUGCACCUCCUCCUCCUAUGCAUCCACAGAGCUACGUUGACGUCGAUGCGGCGGCGUCGACAUUUGGAAACGGACACUUCGCUACUUCUGCCGGCGAAGUGGAGAAGCGCGAGAGCCGUUGGAAUCUCCCGAAAAAGAAGUCGUAG